AUGGAAAGAACCCGGUCACCACCAGCGACAACAGAUGACGAGAGUGUUGCGCCCGAGGCCUCCAAAAUAGUCGGCCCGAGUCGACCUCCCACCCAGACAAAGUCAGAGAGCAAGCAGGAACCACAAGAGAGCGACGAUAGCAGUGACGAUGAUUUCGGCCCUCAGUUACCACCGGUUGGAGGUACAAAGUCCAGUCCCUCCAAAUAUGAGGUAGAGUCGAGGCCCACGCCACGCAUAAACGACGGAGACACGGAUAAUCUGGCAACGAAGAAAAGACAGAGAGAUGAUUGGAUGCUCAACCCUCCGGAAAACUCCUCAUGGGCUUCUGGUCCGAAUCCUGCCGCUCUGACGAACCGCAAGUUCAUGUCGGGAAAAUCGGCUCGCGGUACUAGAAGUACCGACGGAGCAGGUUCAGUAUGGACGGAGGAUCCAGCUCAAAAACGACAAAGACUAGAAAAUGAAGUUUUAGGUAUCAAGUCAGAGUCUAGUGCAAGAUCUGCGAGAUCUAGAGAUUUGUCGUAUAGAACGAACUCCUCCACUGCAGAUAAGUUGAAGUCGCUUACUGGCAAGGUAGGGAAAUCGUCCCUAUAUGAAACUCAUCAAAAGGAUAUUCAAAAGCCAAAGGAAGACGAUCCCAGCAGGCGAGCCUUCGACUAUGAAAAGGACGUCGCCGGAAAGACGAGCAUAUCAAGCGGAGCUCGUAGGAAGUUGUUAAAUCAAGCAUCUGAUUACACCUCCAGGUUUUCUGGUGGUAAAUACAUUUGA